UGACAUGUGUCAUCUGCACCAUGCGACGCGGUAAUAAUAUAAGAAAAAAUUAAUUGUAUUUACAAUUAUAAUUCAGAUCGAUUCAGUGAUUAGCUAUACGUACAUCUAUAUCGCAAAAACAUUUGUCGUGUUUGCCGUUAGAUAUUUCAUUCAUAAAGAGUUGUGAGUAAUGUCUGACGAGAACAGUGAUGACGGUGAUAAAAGUGACUCGGAGAUAAUUAAAGACUGUGAGCAAGAAUUGCAACGAAUGCAAGAAUCACAAGAAUUUAAUUGGAGUGCGGCUGAGGGUAGUAAAGAAAUAAAUAAUAAUCAAAAUUCGAGAGGCAUGAAAAGACUGCGAGACAUUAGUGAAGGAAGUAGUGAAGAAGGUUUUAUUACAGUUACAAGGAAUAGAAAGCUGAAGAGAUUGAUAAGAAGCGAUUCCUUGUCAGAUAAUAAAUCGGUAGAAAGUAUGGAACAAGAGGGCAGUUGUGAAAAAAUUGAGGUAUGUUUAACAUCCGCGGAAGUACUACCUAAGCAAAUGGCCUUAGCGAAGAUGCUUAGAAACGAAAACAUCCUUAACAUUAUGAAGAUUCACUACAAAAAUCCGUACAAGAUAUUUAUUCAAUUCAGUGAUAAAGUACAGGCCGAAAAUCUUAUUAAAUGCGAAAAACUGGCACAGUUAGGAGUGCGAGCUCAAUUAACUAGUGAACUUACUUUAUCAUAUGGAAUUGUAAAAGGCGUAGAUUUAGAAACCUCUGAAAAAGAAUUAUUAGAUUCUUUGACUAGUUCAUUUAAAAUUACGUCAGUUAAAAGACUCAAACGCAUGGAUCCUGAUGGAAAUUGGGUCAAUAGUGAAACUGUUAGAAUAUGCUUUAACAGUCGUUCACGUCCUUCUUUUGUAUUUGCAUACGGCUGCAGAUUCCCAGUAGAACGAUAUAUAUUUCCUGUGAAUCAAUGCUCCAACUGUUGGAAGUUUGGCCACAUUAAAAGGUUUUGUCCUCGUAAAAGUAUCGUAUGCCCUAAAUGCGGUAAUCAUCAUAUGAAUUGUGAAACCAUUACUUUUUCAUGCCCUAACUGUAAAGGUCCUCAUAUGGCCCUGGAUAAAUCCUGUAAGGUGUACUUGAAAGAAAAAGAAAUCCGGUCAAUCAUGGGUGACAAAGAUUUAUCUUAUAAGGAGGCAUAUGAGGUUUUCCUCAGCUUGGCGAAGGAAAAGCACGAGAAUCCUGAAACAGCUAACACAAUAUCUCAAAAGGAGUAUCCAAAAACUGUUGACAACUGUGAGUAUGCAAAUAGACAGUCGCAUAUUAAUACUUAUGCUGAUGUGGUAAGAGAGUCAACGUCUUCGAAUAGAAAAAGUAGUGAGGAGAAAGAAACAGAACAUGACAAGUCUAUCAGGCGUAAAAACGGAAAUACUGCAGGUAAGAAAAAUAGUAAACAACACACAGAUCCUGAUUUUUCUAUCAUAGAAAUUGAAAAUGAAAUUACAGAUAGACAGCAGAGGUUAGGUGAAGAGGUGUCAGAGAAAAAGGAAAAAAAGAAAAAGAAAGUACAAUAUCUUAUGCAAAAAAUUGAAGAAAUAGUACUUUGCGAGAACAAAACUUUUCUGGAAAAAAUCAUUUUUGUGUUUAAAUUUAUUUAUGAAGAGUGUAAGUCAUAUUUUGUGAACAUGUUUUGUGGGGGUGGAGUAUUACAGUCAAUUUUUAAAUUUUUAGAUGGAUAG